AAUAAAAUGCUAUCUUCUUAGUUCUCACGUACGAGAAACGAAUACGGAUACCAAAUGCUUGGCUGAGGAGCUUUCUGUGAAUUUUGUGUCAGAAAACGGUCUCUUUUGUGGUUUUCAUUGGAAGUUGAGUAAUGCGAACAUAGUAAAUGAUCUUCCCAACAUCAACAUGGCGUCACUCUGUAUAAACUCAUCACCAUUUCCCCCACCUUCUCAUCCUCGCAAGCUCACCGAAACUUCACUUUCUUCUUCUUUGCUUCUUCAUAACAACAAUAAUCAUAGCUUAGGAAGUUCCUUGAAACCCAUUGUUGUCAGUGGAGAUCCUCCUAGUUUUGUUUCUGCUCCUGGUCGCAGAAUUCUUGCUGUUGGAGAUCUACAUGGAGAUCUUAAGCAAGCUAGAUAUGCACUUGAAAUGGCUGGUGUAUUGAGCUCUGAUGGUCAAGACUUAUGGAUUGGUGGAGAAUCUGUGUUGGUUCAACUAGGUGAUAUACUAGAUCGAGGUGAAGAUGAAAUUGCUAUCUUGUCCUUACUGCGCUCAUUGGAUCAACAGGCAAAAGCAAAAGGUGGAGCUGUGUUUCAGGUGAAUGGAAACCAUGAGACCAUGAAUGUGGAAGGGGAUUUCAGAUAUGUUGACUCUGGGGGAUUUGAUGAAUGCAAUGAUUUCUUGGAAUAUAUCAAUGGUUCUAAAAAUGAUUGGGAAGAAACUUUUACUGGUUGGGUUGAUGUCUCUGAAAGGUGGAAAGAAAAUCGAACAAUGUCAAAAAAUUAUUGGGGACCAUGGAAUUUAGUGAAGAGACAAAAGGGAUUAAUUGCCAGAUCAAUCCUCUUUAGGCCCGGUGGGCCUCUGGCACGUGAGCUUGCAAGGCAUGCUGUUGUACUUAAGGUCAAUGAUUGGAUCUUCUGUCACGGUGGCCUUCUUCCUCAUCAUGUUGCAUAUGGCAUAGAGAGGAUGAAUAAAGAAGUGUCCAAUUAUAUGAGAGGUCUGCAUGAGAAUGACAAUACUGUCAAACUCCCUUUUAUUGCCACUAGGGGUUAUGAUAGUGUUGUUUGGAAUCGUUUAUACUCAAGAGACUCACAGGAUUUGGUGGACUAUCCGGAUAAACAGGUAUUUUCCAUGCUUGAGGAGACACUGCAAGCAGUUGGUGCUAAGGCAAUGGUAGUCGGGCACACUCCUCAAACUAUAGGUGUAAAUUGUAAAUACAAUUGUAGCAUAUGGCGCAUAGAUGUUGGAAUGUCCAGCGGAGUUCUUAAUUCGAGACCAGAGGUUCUAGAAAUUAUAGACAAUAACGCAAGAGUUAUACGGAGCAAAAGGGACAGACAUAAUGAACUUCAAGCUGCUGCAUAUACUUGAGACACAAAAAUGAUGCAACAGGAACAUCCGACAAGUGAAAUCCAACAUUGGCAAAUUUAUGCAAUACACAUUGACCAAUUCUUGUCACUUAUUAGUUGUUUGCUUCACAGAGAAAUUGUGAAGACUGGAACAGUGCACCAAUUUUGGCAACCGAAAAAAUCCUGAAGGAAUUUCAAGCCAGAUAUGUUGCAGUUAAAUGUAGCCCCUGCUAAUGGCUUAAAAGCAAGGUGAAAAUAGGAUAUACAGCAAGAAAAAAAUAAAUUGGAGGGCAAAUAAUCCAAAUAUUGUACUUCUGAAUCUGUUACAUUAUCACCAAUUACAUUAACCAGUCCCAGUGUAAAUUGCUCCAUUGUUUGUGCUGAUCAACCCCAUUUGACCGCAUAUAGUUUCCUCAUGUCAAUAUCUAAGUAUGAUAUUUAUUCUCGUUUCAAAUUCUUGACAUGCCUACUGCCCCUUCAGAAUGGAUGAGUAUAUU